AUGUUCCUGCUGGCUGCAAAUGCAUCUGACGUACAGAAAACGACCCACAAUGAAGCUAAGAAGAAGGAUUGCAAGGCUGCAUAUUGCAUUCAAACGGCGGUUGAUAGUACAAAUUUCGACAUAAUCUCUCAUGCUGAAUCGACAAAGGAGGCAUGGGAUAUUCUUGUCAAGUAUUGUGAAGGAGAAUCCAAUCAACUUGAAACCCUAAAAUUGGAAGAUUCGGUUGGUUCAUUGGAAGCACAUGAGAUUAGGAUUUUCAAAAGGAAAGGAGUUCAAGAUUCUAUAAAAGCUUUGAAGGCUCAGUCAUGGAAAAAGAAUGGUGGUUCCAACAAAUUUAAAGGCAAAGUCGACAAGACCCAGGGCAAAAAGCCUUGGUCGAACCCUCGCAAGCAACAGGCCAAAGAUAGAACUUUUGAAUCCUCAAAAAGAGGAGGAGGAAACUAUCAAAAGGAAAAAACAGAUAAGAAAGGUGUGAAGAAAGACAAUGGAUUGAUAAAAGGCAAGGACGAAGGAGUGAACCUUGCAUGCAAAGAUUCAGAUGAUUAUGAAGGUAUGGUGGUUAUGGUUGCAAUUGCAUAUAACCAUAUCGAAUCAAAGAUCUGGUUCCUCGACUCAGGCUGCUCGAAUCACAUGACUGGUCAAAAGGUGUGGUUGGCAGGUUUUGACGAGUCGAAGAAGAGCAAGGUAAAAAUUGCUGAUAAUAAUUUGUUGCAAGCAGAAGGUACUGGCAACAUAGUUUUUCAAAUGAGUAAUGGAGGAAAAGCUAUGAUUAAAGAUAUUCUCUAUGUACCUGGAAUAAAGUGCAACCUCCUAAGUGUUGGACAACUAGUCGAGAAAGGUUUCUCAGUUGUCAUGAAAGAUGGAGUUUUAAAAUUGUUCAACACCCAGAACAAUUUGGUCUUGAAAUCUCUUCUAUCGAAGAACUGGAUGUUUAAGACCAUGAUCAGUUCGACUGAAGUACAAUGUCUAAAAAUUGUUGUCGACCACAAGGAUAGUUGGUUAUGGAAUUUGUGGUUUGGACAUUUGAACUUUUGA